CGAUCCCCGGCUCCGAAGCUUCCUCCCUCCGGCUGCCCCGGGGGCGGGCCCUGGCGCCGGGCCUCCCGUGAAGUCACCCCGUGCGGCGGCCAAUCCGGGGCGUCUAGGUGGGCGGGGCCCCUGUCGGGUCCCGGGAACCGAACCCACGAGCAAGAAGAGGGGGGCCCCCCAUGGACUUAGGGGGAGGGGAAAAGCCAUGGGGGCAACCCCGGAACCCCUUUCCCAGGCGCGCGCUCCCGGCUGAAAGAGGCGCAGAGACACUUUCCCGGGAUCUUAAGUCUGGGGGAGGCUCGCCGGGGGGCCCCCUCGGCCUCAGCGCCCGAGGCUCGGAGAAGAGACCGUUGGCCAAGAGGGCGGACUGCGUGCGGGGUCAUGGCGUAGGCCCUCCGGCCCCGGCCCGGCCGCAAUGUCCUCCUCGCCCUGCCCCCUCCCUGGCCCGGACGCCUCCAGAGCGCUCUUCCCGGAUAUCGCCCCCGUCCCGUCCGUCGUGGCUGCCUACCCGCUAGGCUUGUCCCCCGCAACCGCAGGCGCCUCGGAUUUCCCCUGCUCUGGGCCGUACGGCCACCUCCUGCCUUGCCCCUACCCCGCCGGACCCACGGCGCCCGCAGACGCCUACCCGCCCUGCCAGCACCCCGCGGCGCCCGCCCCGCCCCCUCCGCCGGCGCGGGAGGCAGAGUCCGGGAAGCCGCCGCCGUCCCCGGAGCCCUCGGAGCGGCUCCCGCGGGCCCCGACCAAAAGGCUGCGCAAGCCCAGGACUAUCUACUCGAGCCUGCAGCUGCAGCACCUGAACCAGCGCUUCCAGCACACGCAGUACCUGGCGCUGCCCGAGAGGGCCCAGCUGGCGGCACAGCUCGGCCUCACCCAGACCCAGGUAAAGAUCUGGUUUCAGAACAAACGUUCGAAAUACAAGAAGCUCCUGAAGCAGAGCUCUGGGGGACAGGAAGGGGACUUGUUCGGGAGGCCCUCCUCCCUGUCUCCCUGCUCCCCACCCCUGCCAUCCCUCUGGGAUCUCCCCAGGGCAGGGGCCCUGCCUGCUGGGAGCUAUGGCAACAGCUUUGGAGCCUGGUAUCAGCACCACUGCCCGGAUGUUCUGGCUCCACCCCAGAUGAUGUGAGCCUGCGCAAAGGUGGGCCGGGCCCCUAGCCCUCCUCCACAGCCCAGGACCCGGCCCAUCCGCACCUCCUCUGGGCUGGGAGGAAACCAGCUCCAGGUGGAUUUUCUCAGGAUGAGGAACUAGAAGAG